GGUAGCGCGGGGACCCGGACGCACGGGGACGCGGUCAUGGAGGAGGACGCGGGAGCUGCGGGCCCGGCGCCGGAGCCCGAGCCCGAGGUGGAACCCGUGCAGGAGCCGGAGCCUGAGCCUGAGCCGGAGCCCGAGGCCGGCACAUCCGAGGCGUUCUCCCGCCUCUGGACCGACGUGAUGGGCAUCCUGGAUGGCUCCCUGGGAAACAUCGAUGAUCUGGCCCAGCAGUAUGCAGAUUAUUACAAUACCUGCUUCUCUGAUGUUUGCGAGCGGAUGGAGGAGCUUCGCAAACGGCGAGUUUCCCAGGACCUGGAUGUGGAGAAACCCAACGCCGGGCCCACGUCACUUCAGCUGCGGUCCCAGCUCGAAGAGUCCCUUGGCUUCUGCAGCACCGUGUCAACACCAGAAGUGGAAAGAAAGUACCCUCUUCAUAAAUCAAACUCGGAAGACGGCUGUGUAGGAAAAGGAGAUUGGAAGAAGAAAAAUAAGUACUUCUGGCAGAAUUUUCGAAAGAACCAGAAAGGCAUCAUGAGACAGACUUCAAAAGGGGAAGACGUGGGCUAUGUGGCAAGUGAGAUAACGAUGAGCGACGAGGAGCGCAUUCAGCUCAUGAUGAUGGUCAAAGAAAAAAUGAUCACCAUUGAGGAAGCGCUUGCUAGGCUGAAGGAGUACGAGGCCCAGCACCGACAGUCAGCUGCCUUGGACCCUGCAGACUGGCCCGAUGGCUCCUAUCCGACUCUGGAUGGCUCAUCCACCUGCAAUUCAAGAGAACAAUCAGAUGAUGAGACCGAGGAGUCGGUGAAGUUUAAGAGGUUACACAAGCUGGUAAACUCUACUCGAAGAGUCAGAAAGAAGCUAAUUAGGGUGGAAGAAAUGAAAAAGCCCAGCACUGAAGGUGGAGAGGAACAUGUGUUUGAGAACUCCCCAGUCCUGGAUGAAAGGUCCGCCCUCUACUCUGGAGUGCACAAAAAGCCAUUUUUCUAUGAUGGCUCCCCUGAGAAGCCUCCAGAAGAUGAUUCAGAGUCUCUCACCCCGUCUCCAUCAUCUAGCAGCCUGGAUACUUGGGGAGCUGGCCGGAAGUUGGUCAAAACCUUCAGCAAAGGGGAAAGUCGGGGCCUGAUUAAGCCCCCUAAGAAGAUGGGGACAUUCUUCUCCUACCCAGAAGAAGAAAAGGCCCAGAAAGUGUCCCGCUCCCUCACCGAGGGGGAGAUGAAGAAAGGUCUUGGGUCCUUGAGUCAUGGGAGAACUUGCAGCUUUGGUGGAUUCGACCUGACAAAUCGUUCUCUGCACGUUGGCAGUAAUAAUUCAGACCCUCUGGGUAAAGAGGGAGAUUUUGUGUACAAAGAGGUAAUCAAAUCGCCAACCGCCUCCCGCAUCUCUCUUGGGAAAAAGGUGAAAUCAGUGAAAGAGACAAUGAGGAAGAGGAUGUCUAAAAAAUACAGCAGCCCUGUCUCUGAGCAGGACUCGGGGCUUGAUGGAAUGCCCAGCUCUCCUGCCUCAGUAAAGCCUGACCCUGAACACGUGGACAAGCCCAAGCUCAAAGCCGGGGGUUCUGUAGAAAGCCUUCGGAGUUCUCUGAGCGGCCAGAGCUCAAUGAGUGGCCAGACAGUGAGCACCACCGAUUCCUCCACCAGCAACAGGGAGAGCGUCAAGUCAGAAGAUGGAGAUGAUGAAGAACCACCCUACCGGGGUCCCUUCUGUGGGCGUGCUCGUGUGCACACUGACUUCACCCCCAGUCCUUAUGACACAGACUCUCUGAAACUCAAGAAAGGAGAUAUCAUUGAUAUAAUCAGCAAGCCACCCAUGGGUACCUGGAUGGGCCUGUUGAACAACAAAGUCGGCACGUUCAAGUUCAUCUAUGUGGAUGUGCUCAAUGAGGAAGAGGAGAAGCCCAAGCGUCCUGCCCGGAGGAGGAGGAAGGGAAGACCACCCCAGCCCAAGUCUGUGGAGGAUCUCCUGGACCGGAUCAACCUGAAAGAACACAUGCCCACUUUCUUGUUCAAUGGCUACGAAGACCUGGACACCUUCAAGCUCCUGGAGGAAGAAGACUUAGAUGAGUUAAAUAUCAGGGACCCAGAACACAGAGCAGUUCUCUUAACGGCGGUGGAGCUGCUACAGGAAUACGACAGUAACAGUGACCAGUCUGGGUCCCAGGAGAAGCUGCUGGUGGAUAGCCAAGGCCUGAGUGGAUGUUCCCCACGAGACUCUGGUUGCUAUGAAAGCAGUGAGAACUUGGAAAAUGGCAAAACUCAAAAACUCAGCGUUCUGGCUACCAAGUCAUCCACAGACUCCAACUUAAAGUCUUUCAACAGGAGUCAGCCAGGCAAUUACCCAACAUUGCCUUUAACAAAAUCAGUGGAGGUCCGCAAGCCGGGAGAGGAGAGCAGGCUGGGACGAGGUCUAGCCCCGGACACUGCCAAGCGCUGUGAUGUGCCCUGUGCGACUGGUGUGAAUAAAAACCGAAGGAGCCUCCCGGUCUCCAUCUGUCGCAGCUGUGAAACCUUGGAGGGCCCUCAGCCAGUGGAGAAUUGGCCCCGAUCCCAUUCCCUGGAUGACCUUCAGGGAGAUGCUGGUGUUGGCAAGGAUGUGCCCAGCGAGGUGCAGGAUGUCUGUCCUCAGAAUGUACCAGAAGUGCCACAGAAGACAUCUGCCUGCACCUCCGAGGCUCUACCCCGAGGCCGAGGUCCGACUGCGGAAGACGGGAUGCUUCCGACCCAAAGCAAGAGAUUUUCGGAGCCCCCGAAAAUGAUGACGAAGAAACUGGAUGGCUCCGCAGCGGCCUCUAACCUUGGCCUAUCUCCUCCUCAGUGUGUACCCAGAAAUUUCGAGGCUCAGCCUCCCAUUAAACCAGGCUUAACAAGGACGUCUCUUGAGGGUCACAGAAAAGGACAUGACCACCACCCCCUGGGCACCAAAGAAGGGACAGAUGGGGAGCAGAGCGCCCCGGAGACCAGGACGCAGCCCAGACAUCCGUCGCAGCCCCCGCCUGUGCCUGCCAAGAAGAGUCGAGAGCGCCUGGCCAAUGGCCUGCACCUGGUCCCCAGCCUAGAGGCGCCCACCCUGCCGCUGAAGAAGACCAGCCCCGCCAGCCCCUGUGACUGCCCCUCUCUCCGGGAGCCCAGGCCUCCCUCGGGGGCUGAGCCUGGCAGCCCAUCCUGUGCAAGACCUCCACCCUGGCUGGCAGAGCUGCCCGAGAGCGCCAGCCUGCAAGAGCACGGUGUGAAGCUGGGCCCAGUGCUGAGCAGGAAGGUUUCCUGCGUCCGGGGCGUGGACCUGGAGAUGCUCACGGAGAACAAGCUGCAGGCCGAGGGCAUUGAUCUCACUGAGGAGCCCUACUCUGAUAAGCAUGGCCGUUGUGGGAUCCCUGAAGCUCUGGUGCAGAGAUAUGCUGAGGACUUAGAUCAGCCUGAGAGGGAUGUUGCCACCAAUAUGGACCAGAUCCGGGUGAAGCUGCUUCGGAAGCAGCAUCGGAUGGCGAUUCCAAGUGGUGGGCUCACAGAAAUCUGCAGAAAGCCCCUCUCUCCGGGAUGUGUCGCAUCCGUGUCGGAUUGGCUCAUUUCCAUUGGCCUGCCCAUGUACACCAGCACCCUUUCUGACGCAGGGUUCAGCAUGCUGAGCCAAGUGCCUUCCCUGUCCCACACUUGCCUUCAGGAGGCCGGCAUCACCGAGGAGCGACACAUAAGGAAGCUUAUAUCCGCAGCCAGACUCUUCAAACUGCCACCAAGCCCUGAGGCCAUGUAGCCAGGCCUGCCACGGCCCUCCCUGGACAAGAGCCAGCCUUCCACUGUGCUUAUGAAGCUGAUACAAUCCCUCCAUAUCUGCUGGGGUUGACCUGACCCAGAAGGAAAGUCCCUGCGAGGGGCUCACAAAUCGCAGGAUUAGGACCAGAACUGAGGAAAAAGGACCCCCUAUUCCAAGGAAAUCAGUAUGGUUCUUUUUGAUCCCCAAAGGCAAGACAAGCACUUAGUUUUCUUUUCAGACACAGAAAAGCCAAGAUGCCAAGUUCUUGCAAACCCUGUGCAUCCAGUCUGUCUUUGUGCUGGUAGAGGGCUAGGAGGAGCGGACGAGGCAGUCCACUCCUGUCUGAUCGGGCUCUCGUCCACCUGUUGGUCACCCCGCUGGAUGCUGAAGCCCGAUGGGCUGAGCUAGGCCAAAGCAACAGACUCUGGAGUUACUGUACACUAUGGACCAUCCUCAUUUGUUCAAAAUCGAGAACAGCUGAGUACACCCAGAACAGUCCUACUCUCCUGUAGAUAAACAAGGGACAUUUUAAUUGCUUCCUAGCAAUUACUUUUAUUUGCCUUAAUAUAAACUUUUAAUCAGUUAUCUAUCUAUCUAGUGUCAGCAACCCUUAACCCUAGGUUCCAAAUCUUCAGCUUAGACUGCCGUCUAACGUGUUUGGGGUGUUUCCAGCAAAAAUAGCCUUUUUUU